AUGACAGAAGCUCUUCAAACUAAUUUGCACUUCCGGUUUCCUCCUUCUUCACUUCAAGAAAUGGCACCCUUCCCUCUCUACUUCUCUGUCUUACUCCACCUAAUCCUCGCCUCCACCACCGCCCACGCCGCCGACCCACCGGCUUACAGCCCCACCGAUAGUUUCUUCCUCGACUGCGGCUCGUCGACGUCCGAAUCUUACUUCGAUGGCCGGAGAUGGGACGGCGAUUCCCGCUCUAAAUUCUCUCCGCGCAAUAUCGAUGACGUGUCUCUAGCAUCUACGGCUUCCACACAAGAUACCUCCAUCCCUCAAAUCCCCUUCAUGACGGCGCGCAUCUUCAAUUCCACCUUCACCUACACUUUCCCCGUCUCCGCCGGCCCAAAGUUCGUCCGCUUCUAUUUCUACCCUGCCACAUACUCCAGCCGCGAUAAUUCCAAGUAUUUCUUCUCCGUCACCGCCGCCGACUACACCCUCUUGAGCAACUUCAGCGCCUUCCUCACCGUCGAGGCCUCUUUCCCAAAAAUAUCCUCUUUGAUCAAAGAGUUCAUUGUGUACGUGAGGGACAGCCAGAGGCUAGCCAUAACUUUCGUCCCCUCUCCCAACUCUUACGCUUUCGUUAAUGGCAUAGAAGUCGUUUCCAUGCCCGACAAUCUCUACAUGUCCCGCGAUGACCAUUCCACCAAGUUCGUCGGUUCACAGCAAGUCUUCACCGUCGACAACAAAACUGCACUUGAAACUCUGUAUAGAUUAAACGUCGGCGGAAACGAGGUGGCCGGCACUCAUGAUACUGGCAUGAUGUACCGCACAUGGGUGCAAGAUGAAACGUACAUAGACAAAGCGGUCCUCGGCUUUACACCCGGCCAGCUCGUCAAUCACUCCGUCUACUACACUGACAGUACACCGGCCUAUACUGCACCGGCGACUGUGUACUCUACGGCCCGUACCAUGGGAAAUAACCCCCGUGCUAACCUGAAGAACAACUUGACGUGGUUCUUCACUGUGGAUUCUGGGUUUUCUUACCUGGUUAGGCUUCAUUUCUGCGAGAUUGACCCACAUGUAACCCUUGAAAAUCAGAGGAUAUUUACCGUAUUUCUCUUUAAUCAGACGGCUGAUCAGGAAGUUGAUGUUAUACACCGCAGUGGCGGCAACAGAUUCCCUGUUUUCAAUGACUACGUUGUUUCUGUCCCUAAUGAAUAUGGCCAGAGUAGGCGGAAUCUGUGUCUGGCGCUGCACCCAAAUACCGCUAGUAAGACCGAAUAUGCUGAUGUUAUCUUAAACGGCUUAGAGAUCUUCAAGCUAAAUGGAUCGAACGGCAAUCUCGCAGGCCCAAAUCCUGAACCAGUACUUAUCGAUCCCACACAGCAGCCACAGCGCCCGACCUCACCCGUGAAGGGCAAGAGUAGCGGCUCACCGCCAGUUUAUGUCAUUGUCGGAGCAGUCUUGGGCGGAGUAUUUAUGGCCUCAAUGUUGGGCUUCUUGAUUUUUCGGCAACGGAGGAGAGUUGAAGACUCCUUUGAAACAAAGGCCAAAUCAUCGCGUGGCAUAGUGUCAAAUGCAUCAAGGUCCACGAAGACGAAUGCUUCAUCACUGCCGUCUGAUCUCUGUAGACACUUCUCCCUCGUCGAGAUCAAAGAAGCUACGAAGAACUUCAAUGAAGAUUUUGUGAUCGGCUCCGGCGGAUUUGGGAACGUAUACAAAGGGUUCAUCCACAAAGAGGCCAUCACCGUAGCAAUCAAGCGGUUGAAUCCAUCAUCAAACCAAGGUGCCCGAGAGUUCCAGACGGAGAUAGAAAUGCUAUCGAAGUUGCGCCACCUUCAUCUGGUGUCUCUCAUCGGUUACUGCGAUGAUGAUGGAGAGAUGAUCUUGGUGUACGAUUACGUUGCCCGUGGGACCCUCCGGGAUCAUCUUUACAAUGCGAAGAAUCCGCCUCUCUCAUGGAAGCAGCGCCUUCAGAUCUGUAUCGGCGCGGCACGGGGGCUCCAGUAUCUCCAUACAGGUGCGAAGCACACGAUCAUUCAUCGUGACGUGAAGUCGACCAACAUAUUGCUGGACGAAAAAUGGGUGGCCAAGGUUUCGGAUUUUGGGUUAUCGAAAAUGGGCCCCACGGACGUGUCCCAGACCCACGUCAGCACGGUGGUAAAGGGUAGUUUCGGGUAUGUGGAUCCGGAAUACUACCGGCGGCAACAAUUGACGGAAAAAUCCGACGUGUACUCCUACGGAGUGGUGUUGCUGGAAGUACUUUGUGCUAGGCCGGCUAUUGUGCUUGGACUGCCCAAGGAACAAGUGAGCUUGGCCGAGUGGGCCCGGCACUGUUGGCGAAAAGGGACCGUCGAUCAGAUGUUGGAUCCACAGCUGGAAGGUCAGAUUGUGCCGAGUUGCUUGCGGAAGUAUUGGGAAAUAGUAAUAAGCUGUUUGCGGGAGAGCGGGAUGGAACGGCCAGCAAUGAGUGAUGUGGCUUGGGGGCUUGAGUUUGCAUUGCAGCUUCAGGAGGGUGCUGAAGAGAAGAACGUGGAUCUGGAGGGGGAUUGGGCGGUGGGGAUUCAAUCUAUGAUCACCUGCAGUCCCGCUGUAUCGCACUGGGAGGGUACAGACCGCUGUACGGCUUCAGAUGGCGCAAGCUCUGGUCCAGUUUUCUCGGAUAUGAUGAAUCCCAUGGGACGAUGAGAUAUCAUAUGGCAAAAGGCUGAUUGGACUGGGUCCUGCUCCUCCUCCUCCUCAUCCUCGAGAAUUACUAUUACUAUUGUUUGUUCACUUUUUGGUACUAAUGGAGGAGUGUAGGUUACUGGGUAAUGGGUUAGGCCAACGUGGGGUGAAGUGGUGUGGUUUGGCUUGGCGCAUUCAUUGGUUGACUGGAAAGUGUUAAAAAGUCGUUUAUGAGUGUAUUA